AUGUCCGAGAGGUCUGGUCAGGAGGAAUGUCCGAGAGGUCUUAAUGUCGUCCCUUUCCCAGGCAGCCUGGGCCGCUUUCUCGAGAGGGCGGCCCACUGCGGUGAGGAGGAGUACGACGACGACGACGACGACUUGGACACGAUCGUGGUGAUUGAGUUGGAUGGCGAUAAGGACCGACAGGCGGCCGUCAAGGAGAUGGUCGGUCUCCCAGCCGAGUCGCCCACCGAGCCACGCCCGUCCCCCGCAGCAGCAGCAGCUGGCACGUCGUCCUCCACCCGGCCCCCUGCUCGUCUGGCAGCGUCCUCAGCGUCUGGUGCCAAGGAUGUCAUUGAGCUAGAUGGGGCGGGGGAAGGGCAACGGGGGGACGUAGUGAUGACGGGCAUUAGAAAGAGGCGACCAGCAACCACAGGCACCCCAGCAGUAGCCACCCCAGCAGCAGCCACCCCAGCAGCAGCCACCCUUGCAGCAUCUGCUCGACAAGGAGGCUGA